AGCAGCUGCACGUCCCCGCUGCCUCCCUGUCCUUACAGCGUGAGGGACGGAGUGAGUAGUGAGUAGUGACGAGAACCAUGGAGGCUGGAGCAGGGACGGGUGGUUUCCUGGUGCAAUACCGCGGCAUUUCAUCCAAGUUAAAGAAACGUUUCCUGCGCAAACCCAAUGUUGCCGAGGCGAGCGAUGAGUUUGGCCAGCUAGCCCGGGAGCUGAGUGAGGGUGAGGCUUGGGCGCAGGCUGGUCUGUGCUGUGUGGCGGUGGCAAAGUGUGAACAAACUCUGCUCAACGCGUCCACAGAGGUGUCGGCUGUGACACAGGCGGCACGGUACUUCCUCAAGGCAGAGACAGUGAACCACCAGCUGCACUGCCCAUCCUUCACUGAGCACCUCAUGACGGCCAUCAGCUGCUUCCAACAUGCCAUCCAGCUGUACGUCGACCAGGCCAAGCCGGCUCUCGCUGCAUCCCUGGCUGUAGAGUUAGGCCAGGCACUGCGGUCACUGGGCAAGCCAUCCGAGGCCCUGACCUGGCUGUGCAUGGCGGCAGACUUCCACGCUGCCUCGCCCUUCCACCACCUCACCUGCCUCACCUACAUUGCUGCCUGUAAGGUUGAGUUAGGUGACUUGCAUGGAGCUCUGAUGAUGUAUACCCAGAUAACCAAACUGAUCAACGAGACAGCAGGGAAGCCUCUCACUCAAGCACACAAGGACGUCCUGGCAAAGUGUGAGAUUUCCUCCCUGUUGAUUCUGUUGACCCUGCAGCCCCUCCCACAGCAGACUACCCCGCCACAUGCCCGCCUGCUGGAGAAGUAUUCCUGGGCCACACCUGACAUGCAGAAGCCAGAUGUGCCCUAUGAUGAUGCAGAGCUUGUGGUGCUGCUGCAGUCACUGGUGCUGGCAUGUCAGGGAGGAGAUAUUGAAGCACUGUCUUCCCUCAGCCAGCACCUCACACCCCUCCUUGGCCCAGACCACCUCCACCUUCUCCAUAUCCUUGUCACGGAGAUGAACAGGAGCUAGUGAGGUGAAGUGUGUGUGUGUGUGUGUGUGUGUGUGUGUGUGUGUGUGUGUGUGUGUUUUUUUUGUAUGUUUUUAUGUGUUAUUUUGUUCAUGUUUAGUUGGUUAUUCUCAUCUUUAUUUACUUUUUUUUCAAGGUUAUUGUUUAGUUUCUGUGUUUUUUAUUUUUUUGUUAUUUUUGUCAUUGUCUUGGUUUUAAUUCUCCAGUUUUAUUGUUUCAAAUAUUUCUUUUUAUUGUGUAGUUAUUUCAGUGUCUUUUUGGUUUUCAAGUUUUAAUUAUAAUCAUUCCUACAUCAUAUUCUUCAUCUAGAGUUUUCAUUAACAUCAUUUAUUAUUUAGUUUCCAUAUCAAAUUUUCAUUCUUAUCAUCGUCAUUUGUACUUCAUUUACUUUUCAUUUCAAGUUUUCAUGGUUACAUCUUCAUCACUUAGUUUGCUUUCAGGUUUUCAUCAUUAUUAUCAUCUGCAUCAUUCUUAAUUUAUUGCUUGUUGAGUCAAGCACACAGGAUGUCUAUAAGAUUCAACUGUAAAUACAUACUUAAGGACAAACACCUGCAUAUGAUGAACUAAUAAAGCUUUUGUAGAAAACUCUG